CUCACUCGUGUGCCUGGGAGAGACUGCGGCUGGGUGACGGUUGAGCGGUUGAGUGGCCGUGUACCAGCGAUGUGAGGUCAGCGGCGCGGCGUGCUACUGCUCGGCUCUGUCUUCUGGCCGUUCAUGUGAUUCGACAGCUACCAGUGCAUAGUAAUGCCCAAGCAGAAGAAGAGAGCGUCCGCAUCGCCGAAGGCGCGUGGUAAGCGGCGCCUUGAGGAGCCCAGUGCGGCGCCGAGCUCAGUAUCAGCCGACACCGAGCCAGACAGCAAACGCACCGGGAAGCUGGCCAAGGUGAUGGGCCGCGAGCCGGCGCCGUCUACCAGCAGCGGCGGCGGCGCGGCGGCGGCACCCCAGCCGGCUCCGCCGCCUAACGAGUGCGGCGGCAGUGGCAGCGUGGACGGCUCCGCAAAUGGCGGCCGCGUCACUCCAGCGGGGAGUGGCGCUCCACCCGCCCCUGCCCCCGCCCCAGCCGCUCCGGUGCCAACUGAGUCCAGUCAACCGGUCCACGACGUGCGCAAGCUGCCCAAGAAGCGCAAGUUCAACCCGGCGGAGCUGGAGGGUAUGCAGCAGGACGGCGCGGCGACCGAGCGGCCGGCAGCGUGGGAGCGGCCGCCGCUGACGGCGUCACAGGCCACGUCGCCGCCACCGCGGCCGGCCGCCGUGACUGUGUACGCUCAGUCGGCGCCGCCGCUGUCUCUGGUGACGCACGUGCCGGUCUCGCGGACCAGCCCGCUGCCAACCGGAGCACCGCUGAUUGCCACGGCGCAGGCGAGCCACUCGCCGCCGCCACCGCCGCUCACCACUUCCAGCUGCGUGUUACUGUCCAAGGGCCGAGAGCCGGCAGAGGGCGCCGGCCGGCCGCCGGCUGCCCACCUGCCGGCCGUGGACUCUGAGCCGUCCGGCUACCGCGGCGAGGACCUGCGGCCGGGCGCGCGCCGCGCCGCCGAGCUGCAGCUCUCGCCGCUGCUGCCGCCGGCGCCGCUGCUGCCCGUGCAGAUCCACAUCCCUGACCAGCCACCGUACGGACUGCGCAUGGAGCGGCCGGCGGCGCGGCCGGCCGAGGAGCAGCGCCGACUGGAUGAAACACGCCGCAUCCUGGAGAUAUCGCGCGGCAUCGCGGUGCGCGCCGCCGAGCCCCGCCGGCCGCAAACGGUGCCGCUGCCGCUGCUUAACAGCAGCCACGAACCGAAACUGGUGCGCGAUGCCCGCGACCUAAAGCCGUCAAUGUUCAGUCCUGGCGAGAGCCGGCCGGCGAGGCCGAUGCCAACUCUGGCCGAAUGGCGCGGACACCGCGUGCUAGCCAAACGUGAGACCUACUACCUUCCGGGCGUCAUCAAGGGCGUGUACCGCACGUGCGACGUCAGUGUGCUGUUUGACGGGCACCAGCAGCCAUUCAUCUACUCGAACGUGUCCGAGCCGGGCCGCUGUGACGUCAUCAGCGACGCGGCGCCUCUGUCGUCGCAGGUGAGCAGCGGCCUGCGCGUGGCCGUGCGCGUCGACGCCGAUAAGAUGGUGUUUGUGGAGGGCACUGUGGUGGCCGCCAACCGGCCGGCACACCUCUUCAAGAUCAAGGUGCUGUCGCAGGAGGGGCCGCUGGAGCGAUGGUACGCGCGGCCGGCCGUGCGCCUCUUGCAGCCGCCCUGGUUCGAGGAGCUCGAUGAGCCGGCACCGCUGGGAGGCCCGCCUGCCACUCAGGUGACGCCGCCGGGUACCACACCAGUGACGCCCAUCUCGGGACAGUCGGCUUCGACGGCGCCGUCGUCUGGCAGCGACGACCUGCGCCGACAGGCGUACACCGAGUACGACAGCGAGGAUGAUCUGAAGAGAGAGGACAUCAACUUCGGACCGGACGGUCUGGCGCCGGUGGACCGCGCCCUCAGCCUGACUCCCGGCUCGCAGGGCGCCUCUGUUCAGGUGAAGCGGGCUAGCAUGAACUCGCGCGGCUCGUGCUCCAGUCUGCUAGAUCACGGCGGCCUGGGCACGCCCCGCUCGCAGGCGGCCACUCCCAGGUCGAACGCGGCCACACCGCACAAAUAUAACAAAGGCGACGUGGUGUCCACGCCCAAUGGCAUCCGGAAAAAGUUCAACGGGAAGCAGUGGCGUCGACUGUGCAGCAAGGAGGGCUGCAACAAGGAGUCGCAGCGCCGCGGCUUCUGCAGUCGCCACCUGAGCAUGAAGGGCAAGGGUCUGCGCACCACGCCCAGCCUGACGUAUUCUGGCGGCGUGAAGCAGGAGGAAUGGGGUGAUGACGGCAGUGGCGAGUCGCUGCCAACCACCUCGCCGAGCUACUCGUCAUUGCCGGACGCCAGGAUGGAGGAGGCGGCCAACCUGCUCGUCUCGCUGGGGAACUCGCGGUCCACCACGCCGGCGCCGCUGGUGGCCUCCAACCCGGCGUCGCCGGUGGCGUCGGGUGCGGGCGCGGCGCAGCACCACUUCCGGCCAAUCCGGCACGGGCCGGCGGCUGGCCGGUGGCCGACCAGUCCGCACCGGGCGGCCGCCCUGCCGGCCGGCCAGUACCGCUCCCAGCUCAUCAGGCCGGAGCUGGUGCGGCCGGACGCGCCUGCCGCCGCCGCCAUUGAGCACUCCGUGCUGGCACCGAUCAACGGACCACCCGCCUGCUCAACAGUCAUACAGGCCAGACAGGCGACGGAUGGUCAGGCGCAGCGGCUGGUGCAGAUCAGCAGGGUGGUGGUGGAACACUCGGCGGCCGGUGGCGCGCAACAGCCGGCCGCGCUACUGCAGCGGGCGCUCACUGCCCCGGUGGCCGCCCCAGCCUCGUGCGGUGUGGACCUCAGCACAGGCCGCGCGCCGCCGCCGCCGCCGCCGCCGCCGCCGCCGCCGCCACCACCAGCGGUGCCCUCUCAGUCGCACCAGCAGGCUCAGCGUGCCGUACAGCACCAGCAGCAGCCGGCACCGCCCUGUCAGCUCUCGGCCGACCGGAGCACACAGCAAGUCAACGGCUCGUCGACAAAGCCCGCCCCAGCGGAGGGGAGCAGCGAGUGGCGCGGCGCUCCGACGGACGUCUCCGGCGGUAGCCACGUGUUCGCCUGGCACGCGCUGAUCCCGUUCCUGAAGCCAGCCGAGCCGGUGGAGGGUGGUGGCAGCGGCGCGGCCGGCACCGAGCCGCCGGCGCCGGCGCCGCGCUCCCCAGACGGCCGGAGCGGCGCCGGCCGCCGCUCGGCCGGCAGCCGGCCCUCAGGUCAACAGGUCAGUCGGCCCACCGUUUACCGCACCCACCGCGGCAGCCAGCUCAGGUGCAACCAUGGGCCUGUAGGAAUCGGAUGACCACUCUCUCGGAUGGCUAUGCUCUUCCCGCUGGCUCAUCCGAGGAUGCGGGCCUCGAGCAAAGGCCAGUUUUACCUACAGAAAAAAUAGCCGCCUGCCGGAUUUUUUUGCCUAAAGGCCGUUUUACAUAUGCGAUCCUACGCAAAAGCCCUAUCCGCUUACGUGCCCAUCGCGUUGACGCUCCGUAUGUGAAGCGGUCUUUGGUCAAGAACUUCCGGCAGCGGCUACUUCCGCUACUUCUUUGUUGGUAAAACUGGACUCCAAGGCCCUAUAUACCAGGUAGGGUCGUCCGGCGAUUCUACCUGAUCGUGACGUCAGCUCGUGACGUCAUCUGGGGGCAAGUCUUGAAGUCCCGUUUAAGUCCUAUGCAAAUGGGCGAUUUUUGAAGCGCUGUAGAACAAACUCUGCUAAAGCUAGCACAAAACUAAGUGCAUCAUCGGAAAGCCUAGACAUUUUUCUUCGAAUUAUCUAAGAAGCGUUUUUCACUAAACCCAUUAGUUUUUCCAAAAAUGCGUAAAAAAGAAAAAAAGCCCUCAGAAGCCAGCAAGGGACACUCAGAAGCUGGCGUAGGGCCUUUAUGGAGAACUUAGUGUGGCUACUCAGGGGCCCAUGGGAUGUCCUUACGAGCCCUGUGGGGCACUUCUGAGUCGAAAUACGACCAGAAAUAUGAUCAGUAAACCCUCAACGGCCAGUUGGCGCCACCGGGCCCCUCGUGCCCGUGUGGGGGACCUUCGGGACCUGUUUAGGCCCUCAGAGGCGCCGGUGAGGGCUAUCAGUCGCCAUUACGGGGCCCUCAAAGAAAUUGG